AUGCAUCGACUACCGCAACCUGUUCCUGUCUCCGGCAGGGACGACCUCGAAUUUGACCGUGCCCAGCAGGCGGCGCCCACCAUCACCACACACCACCACCGCAACUUUGCUCCCAUGGCCUUCGAGUCCUCAGACCCCGAGGCCACCUCUCUCACCUCCCUGUCAGACAUCAUCGACAACCUGCCAUCCGCCGUCAAGAGCAGCCUCGGGCCCCUCAACACCAUACGCCGCUCUGUGAGCAUCCGCGGCUGGGCCUCGUACUUUUAUGAGAUCUCGUCAAACACAAUGGGUGCCACCGCGUCCCACCUCGAGGGGCCCUCCGCCGGCGCCGCCUCGCACCGCACCACCGUCGUGUCCAGGACCACUAGUACCACCGCAGUCGAGAUGCAGCAGCACAGCAACCGCGGCGAGAAGCGCGUGGCCGUCCCGGCGCAUGCGCAGGCACACACACAUAGGCGGCAGCCGGAACCGCCGAUCUACGAGGAGCCAGACCAGAACUUUGGCAUAAAUCGGUUCUGCGGCCUACAGGGCCAGCUGCUGGUCAACAACGCUCUGUCGGAGGGCAGGCCAUCGACGGUACACGGCCACCCGGCCGCCGGCAGGAUCGACCGCAAGGCGUACGUCCAGGGCGUCGCCUGGCUGGUCCACGGCUUGCCGGACGACCUCGACAAGCACGAGAGGACGGAGCUGAUACGGGCCAUGCCGCCGGCCCUGCUGGAGGAGGCCCACAGGACGCCGGUGUCCCAGCAGCCAGCGACCCCGAGGCCGCCCUACCCGCCCUCGUCGUCUUCAGUCUAUGGGUAUUUCGGAGGCGGCAGCGCCGGUGGCGUCGGCGGCGUGGGCGACGCGGGGUUGGCGCUCGCGCAGAGGUUCGCGCGCGCGAUCGUCGUGCAGCUGCUGGUGCCUCUGCACAUGCUGUGGGCGUACGUAGUACUCCUGCUGGGCCGGGCGGUCCAGCUCGAGCGCGAGUACAAGGUCGCGGAGCAGGUUGUGAAGCACUCGGGCGAGCUAGGGGUCGGACACCUUGUCACCAACGUCGUGGCUUACACCGCCGACGGACUCGUCAAGGGGAUCAGUGAUGGGAUACGCGAGGCGAGGACGGAGAGGAGACGGGUUGAUGGGGAGGACUAA